AUUGUCAGAGAAAUCAGAGUCCACGAAAAACACAAGAGUAAGAAAGGAUUUCAACAUAUUUUUAUGGUGCGUGAGGCUUCAGUACCCAGGGGCAGUCAGAGCCCUUCCGGCAGAGGCCGGGGGUUCGCCCCGCCACAGGGAGGGGAGUGAGUUCGCCCGGGCCCAAGCGGCGCCGCCGGGCAAAGCCGCGCCCCCGGGAGUGGGGAACGCUCCGCCGGCGGCAGAGGACGCCUGGCGGAGCCGCGCCAGCUGGGACCCGCCCCGGGUGAGGCGGGACGGGAUGGCCGCAGCGCUUCCGAGGUGCGAUUGGCUGCCCUCUCGCCCGCUGAUUGGUCAGAUUAGGCGGAAAAUCUGUGACUCACCACGCUCCCUCCAAUCCGCCAUCUGGGCGGCGCCGUAUGGUGCUGUCGGGAUCAUGGCAGAGCAGUGGCGGCACCCGGAGCCCGGCGAGGCGGUGGCGUUCGGAGGCGGCUCCAGCACAGGAAAACGGUUCAGGUCCCGUCGUGUGGUGGUGCUGAUUCUGCUGCUCCUGGUGCUGGCUUUGGGGACGGCCUUGGCUGUGCUGGCAGCAUUACAGGUUCCAGUCACACCUGAAACUCCGCCAUUGGUUCUGGGCUGUCCCUUUGACUGGGUUGGGUACAGGGGGUUCUGCUGCUACUUCUCAAGGGAUUACGGCACCUGGGAGCAGGCUCAGGAACGGUGCUCCAAGCUCAACGCCUCCCUGGCCAUUGUCAAGGAUGAGGACAGCAUGGAGUUGCUCUUCCGCCUCUGUGGGAACGUCCAUUACUGGCUCGGGCUGCGCAGACGGGGCGAGCACCUGCAGUGGGUGGACAACAGCAGCUACAGCUUCCGGGAUCGUGUCCACGGCGAUUCUGAGUGUGUGUACCUGGCUGACGGGAGAUUGAUGACUGGGAACUGCGCCAAUGAGUGGCCGUAUGUCUGCAGCAAGGCCCAGGCUCCCCUGUAACAGGGGCUGCACAAAGGACCUUCUCCAUGCUGGGCAGUGCUGGGGAGCUCAGCUUCAUCACUGAGCCCAGCACAGCGCUGUACUUCCUCAGCUGCGCCCUGUGCCUUGCGCUUCCUCGCAGGGUCACCUCAGUGCCAACGCUGGGCUGGGGCUGCAGAGGAAAAGUCUCUGCAAUCCAUCCUGCCACCGAUGCUGCCUGCAUGGGAGUGCACUGCCCUCAUGUGUGGGUAACAUGGCUCUCUCUUUAAAAUUUGUGCCACUUUGUUAAAGGAUAAAAUCCCACAUUUGGGUGCUUGUCUCUGCACACAGAGAAAGCACCCUCACAGACAUAUUUUAUGAAAAAUCCUUUCCUUAGGAUUUUUUCUCCUGAGAAUCUGAGAAGCCUCAGGAAAAGAAUGUAAACAAUGGUUAUCUGCUGCUGUGGAAUGCAGUGGACAGAUCUGUGAUUGGUCUCAUGUAGUUGUUUCUAAUUAAUGGCCAAUCACAGUCAGCUGGCUUGGACACUCUGUCUGAGACAGAGCCUUUGUAAUAGUUCGUUCUUUUUCUAUUCUCAGCUAGC